GUGAGGCACGCGUCGAGUCGUUUGUUUACACUUGUUCUCUCGUUGUUAAAUCGUUAGUGAGUAGCCAAGUGCUAAUUUUUGUAACCGAGGAACAUCACCCGCAAAUAAUUCAUCAUGUUUAUUCUCAGUGUACAUACCAAAAAUAGAAAAUAAGCAAACAGCGUCCCGCCCUAACCUAGAAACCCAAAAAAUGUAACAUAUAUAUCUAACAAAAAGUCACUUGCAGGCUCACUUUUUCAUCGAAUUCAAUUAAAAUAAAUGAAAAACAGUGAUAUUUUAUCAUCCAGUUUUGUAAUUACCUUUAAAUUUGCUUUAAAACUGGCAUAAUUUGUAUGAUGUUGGGACGAGAAAGCGGUGGAUAAUGAGUGAAUCUGACGAUACGGAUGUUUUGCUCUUAAUUCCUCCUGAUUUAUUUAUCGUGCCUUCUUCUGAAUCUGAAGACGAUUGUUCUGAAAGAACGAAACCUGGAGUAGUUUCCGAAUUAGUUGGACAUUUGCAGUCUCUGGAAAACAGGGUUUCGGCCAUUGAGUCUAAAGACAACAGUUUGGACACUUCACUCAACAAUUCACUGGAUCUUCCAAGAAGAACCUCAUUUUCCAGCCCCAGAAGACACAGGCAGACGUUGCCGAAAACUAAAUUUACCUCUAGUCCUGAGAAAACUCGUCCGUGUUAUUCCGUACCAUCAACGCCGAGAGCCUACUUGCCAUCAACAAAUAACACUCAUCAUUCAUUAAACUCUAACACUCAUCCCCGAAAAAAGCAUGGCGAUUUAACAUCGUUCCCAGAACCUUCAGUGAAACUAUCCGCUUCGCAAAAUAAGGGAUUCAUGCAUGCCAUUCGAUCCCCUAAAAAGGAUGCUUGCUCAUUCUUGUCGCACGAUUUCAAUGCAGCAAGAAAUGACUCUUACAUUAAACCGCACGAAAAAUCAUCUAAACCUUUCGAAAAUUCUAAAUCUUCUCCCAAUCGCGUGAAUUCCUCUUGUCAAUCAGGACAAGCCCAUGCCAAGUCGAGGCAAAUUGAGGACAUGAAUCUCUCCCAAGUUGAUGAGCUCCUGCAAGAAAUGGAAGCCACAGAAUUAGAACUGGCUAGGAGGAUCAGCAGUACAGAUUCACAAAGUGGCCUCAAACUCAAUUCCAACCAUGAUCACAAUCAUUUUCGACAAGGAAUCCAUGACAGACACUCGACGCCUCACAGGAAACUGGAUUUUGAUAAAGAAGAUAAAGACCUCUCGUUUUAUGACUCUCUUUUACAAUACAGUCCCAGCAAACAUGCUGGUGAUAAAAUUUCUGAUUUCUCUCUACCAUUUGAUGAUACUUUACAAUUUAUUGAGACUGAGAGAUUGUUGUCAGGAUUGAAGGGCUGGGAUCAAAGCGCUUACAAUGAUAUUCCUGAUUGGAAAGCAAACGUCGAGACGAAAGAAAGCAGAGAACAGUCGAACGGAACUGAAAAUAAAGAGGCAGGGAACUUUCAGAGAAAUGAGGUAGGACAACAAAUUCCGAAAGCAAAUGCUGAUGAGAAGGAUACGGAAAACUUGCAUAUGCUUGCGCAAUCCUUGCCAAUACUUGAUGUAGAUUUAGCACCGGGACGAGUUAAUGAGUCGGAAAAAUCUCAUGCGCCGGUUCAAUUUAAACAACCUGUUACCGAAUUAGCGACAGAGAAAUGUAAAAACUUUGUGAGCUUGGACAAUUUGCAAAAUGUUAAGAAUGAAGGACAGAAGUUCGACUUGAAUCCUUUUAAAGUACCUGAAGCACCAGCAGCGGGCUGUAAUCUAUAUGGAAAGGCGUUACUCAAUAGUGUACAAAGUCAGAAGGAUGAUCGUGUAAUCUCAAGGGCGAAAAGUACAAAUCAUGUUUCAACAAAUACUGAAACUAGUCAAAGAAAGUCCCAGAGGCUCUUCACACUCUCUGAUUUUUGGGACACGAAUACAAAUAAAUCUCCAGAAGAAAUGCUCAGGAUGAAAUUAGAAGAGGAGAAAUUCCGCAGAGAGCAUUGCGAGUUCUUGAUUCAAGAGCUGCAAAAGCGAUUACUCGAACAACAGGAAAAAGUUGCGGUCGCGAUUCGAGUCGACAAUGAAAAAAAUGCAGUAAUAUCGCAAUUUCAAUGUUCCUGGUCGAAACUAAAGGAACGAUGGCAGACUCUCGAAUUGGAUCACAGUAAUUUACAAGUGGCCAUGAAAAAUUUGGCCGAGAAGCAUCAAUCUGAAAUCGGUGAAUUCCAGACUCAGAUAAAAAGGUGCGAAGGCGAGCUCUCGCAGUCGUUAGACCUGGCCUCUGGUUACAAGGAGAAAAGCGAUUCCUUGGUCAAAGAAAAGGUGGACUUGCUGAAAAGCCACGCAGAUGAAUUGGAGAGUUAUAAGCUAUUGGUUCAACAGGCGGAGAACAGAUACGAGGAAAUGAGAGGCGACUGCAAUAAACUAUUGGAAAAGACUCGACAGAGUGAAGAAACCUUGAAGAAUCUUCAACAGGAACUGAAUAGGGAAAGGUUAAAAGGUGGAGAAGUGAGGGCUGAAAUGGCCGUUAUUCACAAAGCCCUGGAUGCUUGCGAAGCAGAAUUGACUGUGCUCCGUCAAGAAAAGGAAAGUUUGCAGUUAAAAGUCAGGGAGGAACAAAACAGAAAUACGAUUCUCGAACAAAAGAACGUUUCCCUGCUCUCCAUGAUUGACGAUGUUAAAAAAUUGGAGAAAUUAGCCAAAGACGAAGUUAAGUCGCUGAAUCAGCAGCAAGAUCAAAUAAGGGCGGAGCUUCGAGAAGUAUAUCAGAAGCAAGUAGACGAGGUUGUAAAGACGAAAUUGCAGGAAUUUCAGGCUCAGCUCGAUACAGCAGAAGCAACAUUCCAAACGGAAUUCGAGACCAGGCAAAAGGCAAUUGCCGAAUGCGCUGCUAGGAAAAUUAAAAGCGUUAUUGACAAACAUCAUUUGGAGAUAAACUUAUUGGAAGAAAAGCAUAAAGAAGAGAAACGAUUAUGCGAGAUCCAAUUGGCUCAAGGAAUGCAAAAAUGUGCAAUGUUAGAGAGCCAGUUAAACACUCAAAAAACGAGUAAAAACCAACUGGCGGAACAACUUCAUUCUGUAAUGCAAAAUCAGUGGCAGCAAGCUCUGCGUAUCAUAUCAGGAGGAAAUGGUGACAGUGUUUCUUCUCAUCAGAGGAUAAGCGCUGAAAACUUUUUCGAAAUUAAACAACCGAUUAAACGGGAAACAAUCGCGAAUCAUUUCAGUGCAGCGCAUACGGAACCGAUGAAGCUGAAUUCUCACCAAUUCAGUGCAGGGAACUUUCAAGGUUUUCAGUCACAAGAGGAACAUAACGAAAGUUUAAUCACUUUGACUUCGAACGAUGAAAUGCCCAUCGGAAAUAAAAAGGAAUCGAAGAAUGAUCUUCGAAAAUAUAUUAAAAUGAUUCUAGACAUGCAGCAAUCAAGGGAUGAAUUUACGAAAGCAAAGUUUUCAGAAAAUGACAUGAGUCCCCGUUGUAAAGACCUUCCAAGAAGGCAUUAUUCUAAGAAAGAAUUAAGUAUUUUAAGUGAAGACAGUAUUACGUGGCAUCCAACUUCUGAGACUAGUGUUCACGAUGAAAGUGAAUAUAUACCAGUGCCUCAGAAGGUAGUCGCAAGACAGGAUCAACUGAAAACGAAACCUCCGUGGAAAUGACCCACACUCGACAGGGUUUUAUCCUUGGACGAUGGCAUCGAUACCGUAGAUUUUAUUGUACAACUGUAGUAAUUGCAUUUCAGUAUUUAUAUACAUUUUAUUUUUUAUUUACACAUUUUUAUACAACAGCAAAUGUUUUUUAAUAAAAUGAUGCAUUGCAUGUCAAUUUUGAUGGUCCAGAAAUGCAGUCAAAACAUUUUUUUUUCGAAUUUUCAUGCAUAUCCCCCAUAAAUUUGUUUGCUUCCAUAAAAAAAUCCAUUUUUUAAAAGUUUAACACGUAUUUCGGAUAAGAAAAAAACACAUUUUGGUAUUUUUUAUUCUGAACGGUCAAUUUUUGGUGUAUUGAAUUGACCCUCAAGGUUUUACUUCUCAAUUAGUCGUGGAAUACGAAUCUAAAAAUUAUUUUGCGAAUUUCGCCCCCAUAAGUCUGUUUUAUAGAGUCCCAAAAUAAACCCAUAAGUAAAAAAAUCAGGGUUUUCGAGUUUUUGGCGCUAAUUACUAUUUUUUUUUAGUAUAAAUUGCUUCUGAUGCAUGAAAUAGGGUUUGGUACUGAUAGUUAAAUUUUAAAAUAAAUUGUUUGAGUAAAUUUAGUAUUGUUUAUAGUAAUGUUAUCUCAGAAUAGAGUUAUAAAGUCGCGUUUAUUUCUGAAUUUUUUAACUUGCUCUUAAAUUUUCAUUUAGAUUUUCGAUCCAUUUUGAAUUCGAGUGAGCUAAUUUAACAACCAUAAUUCUUUAAAGAACUAAUUAUCAAUUAUAAUAAUAU